CAAACGCACAUUCAACGAAUAUCUUAUUUCAUUGGGAAUUAUGGGGAACCAAGUGUCUAUGCCUGCAGCGAGAGCUGCUCCGUUUGCUCCAAACUUGACUCAUAAACAAAGAGUAACUCGACUAUAUCGCCAUGCUUUGAGAACUGCAAGGGAUUGGGAACCAGAUUUCGAUUUGUUUGUAAAAGAUGCUGAAAAGAUACAAGCAAGAUUCAAGAAAAACAAAAACUUAACGAUUCAAGAAGGUCAAAGACUUGUAGAAGCAGGUUUGAGAGAACUUAUUUCAAAUAGACACCCAGAACCCUAUAUACCUCCGUUUGCUCCUGGAGGAACCGCCUAUCAACGAAACGUUCCGUGUCCACCUGAGGAUGUAAACGAUUUACUUCCACCUCCGGAAAGGCGAAUUCGAUAGAAAGACCGACUCGUCUAUGAAAUAUUUUACUAGAUUUUUAGUUUCCUUCUGUGGUAACUUUGACCAUCAUUGCACAAGAAAAGAACA